CCCUCUACACUCUCCGCCCCAGGCUCAUCUCGGCCUCUUCCAUCUUCGGUUCCAUCAUGGCUUCUUUGGCGCGAUUCUCAAAGAAUUUUCUUGCUCGAUCCUCUAUUGGAGUACGAACUGUCCUCUCUCCUUUAUCAGGAGCGAACGGGCAAUGCCGAAAAUAUUCAACCCCGGCGGGUAAAAUCAAAGUCGCUGGCCCUGUAGUGGAGCUUGACGGAGAUGAAAUGACCAGAAUCAUUUGGCAAAUGAUAAAGAAUAAGCUUAUCAGUCCUUAUCUGGACCUCGACAUUAAGUACUUUGACCUUGGCCUAGAGCACAGAGACGCAACCAACGAUAAGGUAACUGUUGAGGCAGCUGAGGCGAUCAGGAAGCACCAUGUUGGCAUCAAGUGCGCCACCAUCACCCCAGAUGAGGCCCGUGUCGAAGAAUUCAAACUGAAGAAGAUGUGGAAGAGCCCAAACGGCACCAUCCGUAACAUCCUAGGAGGCACAGUAUUCCGUGCGCCAAUCAUCUGCAAGACCGUUCCUAGGCUUGUACCAGGGUGGGAGAAGCCAAUAGUCAUCGGCCGUCAUGCCUUUGGUGACCAAUACCGUGCCAGAGAUUUUGCUGUUAAUGGCCCUGGAUCUUUUGAGAUCUCAUUCACCCCUGAGUCUGGCGGGAAACUGACGACUGAGGUGUUUGAGUUUACCGGGACAGGCGGAGUCAUGAUGGGAAUGUACAACACAGAUGAGGCAAUCCGUGAUUUUGCUCACAGCUGUAUGCAGUAUGCCAUCCAUAAACAAGUUCCACUCUACAUGAGUACAAAGAAUACCAUUCUGAAGAAGUAUGAUGGCAGAUUCAAGGACAUUUUCCAGGAUAUAUAUGAAAGAGAGUACGAGAGUCAAUUCAAGGAACUAGGCAUCUGGUACGAGCAUAGGCUGAUUGAUGAUAUGGUUGCCUAUGCCCUGAAGUCUGAGGGUGGCUUUGUGUGGGCUGCCAAGAACUACGAUGGCGAUGUGCAGUCCGACACCCUGGCCCAAGGAUUCGGCUCACUGGGUUUGAUGACAAGUGUACUGGUUUGCCCAGACGGUAAGACCAUUGAGUCAGAAGCUGCACAUGGAACAGUCACCAGGCACUACCGAGAGCACCAGAAGGGCAAUGAGACAAGCACCAACCCUAUUGCCAGCAUAUUUGCCUGGACGCAAGGUUUGUCACACAGGGCAAAACUUGAUGGCAACCCUGAACUAAAAAAGUUCUGCAAAGCCUUAGAGAAAGCAUGUGUCGACACAGUUGACCAGGGGAAGAUGACUAAAGAUCUUGCUGCGUGCAUCUAUGGCCUUGCUAAUGUGAAGAGAGACCAGUACCUUUCUACGGUGGAGUACUUUGAUGCUGUUGUAGAAAACCUUGAGAAGCUUCGCCAGUAGAUACACCUCCCUAAUAUAUUGCAUUCCUUAGUAUCAUAGAUAGGUUUUUGUACCAGCAAGCCUGGUGGGGUACUGCAUUCAAAAUUAUAAUUGAAAAAAAAAAUAAUUGGCUUGAAUGAUAGUUCCCUACAUGAAAUACAACAGAGAGAGUUGGUAGCUGGAGUGAUAAACAUUUUAUACCUAAACAGUGUGAGUAAUUAUACCAUGAACAAGCAGUGUGAAUUAACUUUGCCCCUAGGCACCCCUAUAGCACCCAUCCAUACUCCUCUAAGAAGUCCAGUUUUAUAAUGUAUGAUAUGAUUGUGAAGACGUGUGCAUAGUAGGGGGAGAGUAUUUAAAAUACUGCUGUCUUAUAGUGCUACGUGUCAAUGAAAUGAAUGAGUCAAAUAAAAAUGAGAUUCAUUGAA